CAGCAGCGCACGCGGCGUCCUGAUGAAUCCUCGCGCGCGCGGCUCCUCCAACAUACAAUGGAUUAACAGGAAAGACAUGAGCGCACGCGCCGAGGACGGCGUAAGCCUGUGCCAGCGGGCGCUACAGAUCAUCACCGAGCUGUGCCUCGCCGGCCACGUCAACCGGGAGAAAUGCGCGGACAUCUUUCCAACCGAGAGCAACAUACCAGACAUCUCUGUAAGUCUCCUAGCUGUGCUCGUGGGUUUCUGUGGACUCGCCCUGUUGGUAGUCUCUCUCUUUGUGUUUUGGAAGCUGUGCUGGCCCAUCUGGAGAAGCAAAGCAAUCUCUUCACACAGCGAGACUGUCUCCCAAGGGGUGCUGCCCGAGGCACCAGCGCCCGCACCUCAUGUCCCACCGUCUCUUCCAGAGCGCCAGGGCUUACAAGCCGAGAAGCAGGAGAAGAAAGAGGAGGAGGAGGAGCAGAGGAGGAAGGUGCCUGAGGUGAAGGUAAACGGUUGUAGGUCAGUGAAGUCGCUUGAGGCAGCCAUGAAGAUCAGCCAGACAUCUCCAGACAUCCCGGCUGAGGUGCAGCAGACAAUACGCGAACGCCUCAGUAAGAAGACCAAGAUUCAGAAACAGAGCACUGAACCCACCUCCUUCUCCAGACACAAUUCCUUUCGUCGCCUUCUCCGACGGCAGAUGAAUGUCACCAGUGUGGACUUUACCAUGGACACUCUGCCAGUGAGACAAUCCUCAGCAGUCAGCAUUGGACGCAUAAAGCCAGAACUCUACAAGCAGAAGUCUGUGGACUCAGAAGAAGGGAACAAGGAGCCAGUGGAGACAUGUGGGAAGCUUAGCUUUGCACUGAAGUACGACUAUGAGGAGCAGGCUUUAGUUGUGCGCAUCCUUAAAGCGCUGGACCUGCCAGCCAAGGACUUCACAGGUACCUCCGACCCCUACGUAAAGAUCUACUUGCUCCCUGAGCGUAAAAAAAAGUUCCAGACACGGGUCCAUCGAAAGACACUCAACCCUACAUUUGACGAGGUAUUCUGUUUCCCGGUGGAGUACGAUCAGCUGUGUAACCGCAAGUUGCACUUCAGCGUCUACGAUUUUGACCGCUUCACGAGUCAUGACAUGAUCGGCGAGGUAGUGGUGGACAACCUGUUUGAGCUCUCAGACCUGUCGCGUGAGGCUGUAGUCUGGAAGGACAUUCUCGCAUCCACUACAGAAAGUGUGGAUUUAGGGGAAAUUAUGUACUCCCUCUGCUACCUUCCCACGGCUGGCCGGAUGACUCUGACUGUCAUCAAGUGCCGAAAUCUAAAAGCCAUGGACAUUACUGGCUCCUCUGACCCGUACGUUAAAGUGUCGCUGAUUUGUGAUGGUCGAAGGCUGAAGAAACGGAAGACCACCACUAAGAAGAGCACACUCAACCCUGUGUACAACGAGGCCAUCAUCUUUGACAUCCCUCCUGAGAACGUAGAGCAGGUCAGCCUGUCGAUUGUGGUGAUGGAUUAUGACAGAGUUGGACACAAUGAGGUGAUCGGUGUGUGUCGGACAGGACCCGAUGCAGAGGGUCUGGGUCGAGAUCACUGGAACGAGAUGCUGGCCUACCCACGCAAGCCCAUCACCCACUGGCAUGCCCUGUGUGAGUGGCCGGGAAGGGGAUCCAGUUUUGAAAGCCAGGCUUCCUGCCCUUCACCUAAACCUCCACAGACUCCAUGACCACAAUGAGAUACUGAAAGACACAAAUCUUUUCACACAGCUUAAUGGCCAUGUUUUUGGUUUGUAUCACCAGAUAUCUCUUUUUCUCUUGUUGUAGCUUGUAAAAUUCCAGAAUUUUGCCAGAGGAUAACAUGCAGUGCAGGUAUCCCAUGUACACACAGCUAAUGUGACUCUGUUACCUCUAGAACCUGUGCUGAAAGUGUGUGGGUUAAAAGCAAUGGGUGAUGCAGCAA